AUGUCUACCACUGAGGCAGAAUAUAUGGCAGUAGCUAAAGCUGCCAAAAAAGCAUUGUGGCCUACAAGAGAACUAGGCACUGGAAUAGUGGCAUACAGCCCUCUUGGCCGUGGCGUUUUUGCUGGAAAGUCAGUUGUAGAGACCUUGCCUAGUCAGAGCUUGCUGAAUAUGCAUCCCAGGUUCACGGGAGAAAAUUUGGAAAAGAACAAGUGUUUCUAUGAAAGAAUCAAUGACUUGGGUUCAAAGCAGGCAUGCACUCCUUCUCAAUUAGCCUUAGCAUGGCUUCUACAUCAGGGAAAUGACAUAAUCCCUAUCCCUGGGACUACUAAAUUGAAAAACUUUGAAAACAACAUUGAAUCUCUGAAUGUGAAGCUUACAGAAGAACAGUUGAGGGAAAUUUCUGAUGCAGUCCCUGUUGAGGAAAUUGGUGGUAAACGAGACUAUGGUAGUUUAUCGCAAUAUAUGUGGAAGUUUUCAACUACACCACACUAAAGUAAUUGCAUAGAGAGAAGUGCACAAUCCUGUAAUAAACAAGGGUUUGUCUUCCACCAGUAUCCUUAUAUCUUCACAAGAUAAUGACUAUAAAAGUGAAUGGGAAAUAAACAUUUCUUUUUUUAAUGCAAUUUAUUUAUAUAACUAUAAGUUACAUGGAAGAAUUGUCCUUUCGAUCUGCCUCCCUGUGCAUCCAUGCCAUGUCCUUGCUAAUGUGAUUUGGAAACAAAGCAUCUUGGCUAGAGCAAAAUAUUCUUAAAAUUGAAGAGUUUUAGGUUCUUGGUUAACUAAAGAUCAUUCAAGACCACCAAUUAUCUAAUGUAAUCUAUAGAGCAAUAAAAUAAGAAUAUGCCAGAGUAAUAAUAAGCAGUAAAAACAACAGUCAACAGUUGAGGUCCUGA